CUUUUUACUAUCAGAUCUAUCUUAUCCCCAAAUUAAUUCAAACAUGACUACCACUCCAUCCACUCUUAUUGCGCUCGCUGAUGAAGCCAAUGCAAGCCCCGUGAUGACUCUUCAACAGGUCACUGACACUGUCUAUGGAGUCUUGAACAACUCCGAUCCCAUGCACCUUGAGCUAAAUUCGCUCCGUAUGACGAAUGAAACAAGAAUAGCCGAGCAAUCAGCCUGUCCUGCGAAAACUCUCUUGCCAUCGGAGCUUGUGCCAGCUGACUAUGUGAUGAAUGAGCAGCUCUCCAUGUCACCAGAGCCGGUUGUAAACGCUGUGGAGAAGCAGGUAUUGUCUAUUUUAUAUCUCUACUGA